ACGAAUGCGGAAAUCGACGUGAAAUAACACUAAUACUAAUGUUUGGCGAGGUGUUUCACCAGUUUAUUUUUAUAUAAGUAAUAGAUUCAGCUCCUAUGAAGUGAUUUCAGAUCAUCAGCGAACUGUAGCUCCAGACUGACACUGAAGGGAACAGAUACAGGACCUUCACUUACAGUAACAUACCAACGAAGUCUUGCAACUUCCUGUUCAACAUUUAAGGUUCCUGUGAUGGCAAGACAAUUAAAGAACAACACUGGGGAAAGAAAACUGAGAGUAACCCUUCUGAGUGCUGAAUGGAAAGCUUCAAGCAAUGGAGACUUGACAACCAUCAACAGAGAGCUAGCAAUACAGAUGGCUAAACAUUCCAAUGUGGAAGUCAGUGUCUUCUUACCUCAGUGUAGUGAAGAGGACAAGAGAGAUGCUGAUAGUUACAAUGUUAAACUCAUUGAAGCUGUUAAACUGUCUGGUUUCGAACCAGUUGAUUGGCUAGCCUCUUUACCUGAUGGCCAUGCUAUGGAUUGUGUUCUAGGACAUGGAGUAGCUCUUGGUCGGCAAAUUCAAAUCAUAAAGAAAAAUCCAAAUUACAGGCAUUGCAAAUGGAUUCAAGUUGUCCAUACUGCCCCUGAAGAAAUUGGCAUGUACAAAAGCAUUUCUGAAGGUCAACAAAUGCAGCAAACAGAAAUAGAACUAUGUGAAAUGGCUGAUCAAGUUGUAACAAUUGGCCCCAAGCUAACUGAUGCAUAUAAAUGCAAACUCAGAGAACAAGAUGUUCUUAACCUGACGCCAAGUAUUUUCACUGAAUUUACAGAUGUGCAGCAAGCUAGUGAUGAAAGAAAAAAAUUUUGUGUCUUGGUAACUGAGAGUGGUGAUGGUGAAGAUUUUGAUGUCAAAGGAUAUGGCAUAGCAGCGAAAGCUAUUGCUAACCUAAAGGGUGAACCUUACCAACUCAAGUUUGCCUCCAAACAGAGAGGACAGGAAAAUGAAUUAAAACACAAGUUACUUCAGUGUGGUAUUGAUUCUAAACAGCUAAUUAUCUCCAGCUUUGAUGAAAGCAGGAAAACGGCAGCCAACUUAUUCUCUAUGGUGGAUAUUGCUAUAUUGCCCUCAAAAACUGAGGGAUUCGGGUUGAGUGCUCUCAAAGCCAUAUCUGCUGGUCUUCCAGUACUUGUCAGUGGUAACUCAGGAAUUGCAGAAGCCUUAAGGGAGGUGCCUAAUGGGUCACAGUGUAUAGUGGAUUCAGAGGAUCCUGCAGACUGGGCCAGAGCAAUAAAGGCUGUGCGUAACAAAAAAAGGAAUGUACGACUUACAGAGGCUAAGAUUCUUCGUGAAAACUAUUUGCAGCAGUUCAGCUGGAAGGAGCCGUGUGCUUUCCUAGUUGAAAAGAUGUGCAAUCUUGCAUUUGGCAUGUUGCCUCUUCCUGGAUCUUCCACCUUUGAUCCUGAAGAAGAACUAGAAGAGCCACCUAUGAAACUCCAAAGAAUGGAAGGUACUUCACCCUCCACCUUACUGUCCACUUCUGGUCACAAAAGAAAACAGGAAGUAAGGCAGAGCACUGUGAAACUUCAGGAAAAGAAAGGUAAUUCACCCUCCACCUUACUGUCCACUUCUGGUCACAAAAGAAAACUGGAAGUAAGGCAGAGCACUGUGAAACUUCAGGAAAAGAAAGAUCAGUGGCAGUAA